CCUAGAGAAAUGGAAAUUUACGACAAUGAAACCGAUGUUGAAUUUGUGAAUGAUGGUGAUACAAUUAGGUUGUUACAUCUUGUGACUGAAAGUAAUUUACAUAGUCAUAAAAUUCCUGCCCCUCUAACCAGAGCACAUUGGGAAGUGAGUUGCUAUGGAAAUGAUACAUUCGGAGAUGAGAAGGAUUCUUGGGUAAUUGAAGUUGUAGAUGAUGUAUACAAGAGGACAAAUCAUAUUCGAUCGUUAACAACUAUCAUGCGACUUCGUCAUAAAGCAUUGGGAUGUUAUCUUCGAGCUGCAAACGUAGGUUUACCAGAUUGGGGAUUUAGACAAGUUGAGGUAACUUGCGAUAAACGUAAUAAUCCAAAGGAUACUUAUACUCAUUGGAAUAUUGAACGACAUUGGAAUAGCAAAUUACCACCUGGUGGUAAAGCUAAUUAUAAGUCAAAGUUUUUACGCGAAUUCUGGAAUUUGAACGUUGCCAUGUAUAACGCGAAUAAUGCAUUAGUUUCCGAUCCUGAUGAUUAUGAUAUUCUCGCAUCUAAACCAAGACAAUGGCCAAUAUUAGAAGUUGGACUUAGGUUAUGUAGUUGGACAAGUGAUUCCAUUAAAUUUUAUUUACUUGGAAAUCCAGCUGUUUGGUGGUCUGGAACUGCCUCUUUGAUGUUGUUUAUUUUGACAUUAUUCUGGUAUUUAGUAAGACGACAAAGACAAUAUACUGAUUUUUCACCAGCCCAAUGGACAUAUUUUUUAUAUGUUGGAUUUUUAAUGGAUCAGUUUACCGCGUCUUGUAGUUUAAAGACAAAAAAUAUGAUAUUUGGGAUACAUUAUGCAUUAAUUAUAACGAUAUUUUGGUAUUUUAAAGAUAUAGCAUAUGGUGUAUCAUCUCCUAAUAUUGAAUUGAAGGAUAAAAAAUGGCUCAGUACUUGGGAUAUUGUAGAUUGA